AUGGGUUCUAUUUCGCCCGAACAUGAUUUUGAGGUCCUCGUGAUCGGAGCAGGGAUCUCAGGGAUCUACAUGCUAUACAAACUACGCGAGCUCAACAUCUCUGCCCGAGUCCUCGAAGCUGGCGGUGGCGUCGGCGGCACAUGGUAUUGGAAUCGAUACCCCGGAGCACGGUUUGACUCUGAGAGCUGGACCUAUGGCUAUUCGUUUUCCAAAGACGUCUUGAAGGAGUGGGACUGGAAGGAGCAUUUCGCUCCUCAGGCCGAGACGGAAAGCUAUCUCAAUUUCGUGGUCGACAAAUUCAAGCUCCGCGACGGCAUUCAGUUCCAGAGCCGCGUUCGCUCGGCACACUACGACCAGGCGCGUAACCAAUGGAAAGUGACGACCGAUUCAGGUGAGGUAUUCAACGCGCACUUUCUCGUCACGGCCAUUGGCGCCCUGACAAACCCGGUCCUGCCACGGAUCCCGGGCAUUCCCAACUUCAAGGGCGCUUGGAGCCAUACCGGUCUCUGGCCCAAGGAAGGGAUCGACUAUGCUGGAAAACGGGUUGCGGUGAUAGGAACAGGUGCCACCGGCAUCCAGACCAUCCAAGAGGUAGCCAAGUCAGCGGGCAGUUUGACCGUCUUUCAGCGCCGACCGAAUUGGUGCUCGCCGCUGGGCAACCGAAAGAUCGACGCCGAAGAAAUGGAGAGCAUUCGAGCGCGUUACGACGAGAUAUUCUCCAUCUGCAAGACGACGCCGGGAUGCUUCAUCCACCAAUUCGAUUCCCGAAGUGUUUUUGACGUCUCACCGGAGGAGCGGGAGGCGUUCUGGGAGAAGAACUACCAUGAACCUGGCUUUGGCCUGUGGAUGGGCAACUUCCGCGACGUCUACACGGACAAAAAGGCCAAUGCUCUCCUGAGCGAAUUUGUCGCAAAGAAGAUCAGGCAGCGUGUCAAAGACCCCAAAGUGGCCGACAAACUUAUUCCCAAGGACCACGGGUUCGGCACGCGCAGGGUCCCGCUCGAAACGCGAUACCUCGAAGUAUACAAUCAGGAGAACGUCGAGUUGGUGGAUCUGAAUGAGGAGCCCAUCGAGCAGAUCACGGAGAAGGGAAUCCAAACGUCGAAACAAGAGCGAGAGUUCGACGUCAUCAUCUACGGUAAGGCCAUUGCAAGGCAUUGGAUUGCAUUUUCCGAAUUUGGCGGGCUCUUGCUGAUCGUGUGUUUCUUGAAUAUAGCUACUGGAUUCGACCCUGUGACCGGAAGCUUUAAUGCCAUUGAUAUUGUCGGCGUUGACGGGCAACGGCUGAAGGAACUAUGGGCUCCGGGACCAAAGACGCAACUGGGGUUCUUGGUCUCAGGGUUCCCAAAUAUGCUCAUGGCCAUGGGUCCGCACUCGGCUCUUGGGAAUUUCCCACGCAGCAUCGAAUACAGCGUCGAAUGGAUCGCGGAUCUCCUGGGAUAUGCGCGCGACCAUGGCGUCUCGGUGAUCGAGGCAACGGAGCAAGGCCAGAAGGCAUGGACGGAGCAUGUCAGAACCUGCAGCGACGGGCUGUUGGUCAACGAUGUCGAUUCCUGGAUCACGGGGGUCAACAGCAACGUUGACGGCAAGAAGACGCGGACCUUGGUCAUCUACAACGGCAGUGCGGUGGAUUACCGAGCUCGGUGUGACGAGGUGGCUAGAGAACGAUACAAGGAAUUGUCGCUGAAGCCUUGA